GUGAGUGUUUGCCUGAGCUCUCUGGAAUCCUAGAACUUGUGCAUCCCCAGUGUGCUGGGACUCCUCUCUGGGCACUGUGGAAUGCCCCUCGCCCGCAUCGCCAGGGAAUGGGCACCAGGGUCCAGCGUCCGGAGGUGAAAGGGUGAAGGCGUGCCACAGGGCGGGGCGAAGGCAGGCUGGGUGGAGCCACGGAGGCGCAGGUCUGAAAUCCCCACCAGGCUCGAUCGAUUGGGAUCCAGACCCAGCUGCUGGGACCAACAGAUGUAAGGCAUUAUGAAAAGCCUCUAUUUCAGAGCGAUAGUCAUAGUUCUAGGUCUUGGGGUUGCUGGAACAGAGACAGAGCCAUCCAGGAAGAGCAGUGGUUUUUUCAGUUCUGAGUGCCAGUGGAAUGAAUAUCUUCAGACAAAUUGCUCCUUUGCUGGAAACCAUCACCUGCCUGCUGAGGGAUCACAGACAGCGGCUGCAGUGGACGUCAGCUUCAAUUUCUUCAGAGUUCUCUUACAGUGUCACAGGAGGAAAGAAGAAUGGGAGAUAAAACACCUGGACCUCAGUAACAGUCUCCUCUCGAAGACAGCCUUAAGCCCCCUCAGGUGUGCCCCCGCCCUGGAAAUACUAAACCUCAGCAGCAAUGCCAUCCGCUCCAUCUCGUGGGGUCUGCCCAGCCCCAGGUCCUCUGGGGUGAAACACCACGGAAGCGGCUUCAGAACUGGACUUCUACUUCUAAAGGUGCUCAUUCUCCAAAGAAAUCAGCUCAGCAACACUCCCACGGGGUUAUGGCGACUGAAGUCGUUGCAGAGUUUGGAUCUUUCAUUCAAUGGGAUAUUGGAAAUCGGGCUGUCUGAUUUCCAUAACUGCCUGCAACUGGAAAACCUCUACUUAAAGAGCAACAAGAUAUUCAAAAUUCACCCAGAUGCCUUCAAGGACCUCAAAAACUUACAGGUCGUGGACCUCAGCAGCAACGCUCUGAUCACUGUCCUGCCGAUGAUGGGCAUCGCCCUGGAACUCCCGCAUCUGGACGUGGACCUGGCCGACAACCCCUGGCAGUGUGAUGACAGCGUGAUGGAAUUCCAAAACUCCAGUGCUGGAUCCUGGAGGGAAAAGUGGGGUGCGAUAUGCAACAGAUCCACGGGACACAAGGCGGCCCACAGGGAGACUCCCCAGAGCAGACCUUCCAGCGAGACCCACCUUCCUCACACCGAUCGCAGCCACGGGGAAGGCCACGGAGGAAGCCAGGAGGAGAGGCCCGGGGAAGGCAGGCGCAUGCCCUUGUCCACCGCCGGGAGGCCGGAGCACUGGGGCUCUGAUCUCUGGGAGCGGCAGAGCCGGCUGCCAAGAAGGGCAAGGCCCGCCCGGGACGUGCGCGCCGCGUACAGACGGGACGAAGAUGCCGAACAGCACGCGGACCUGACCCUGGCCGUCUGCCUGUCCGUGUUGCUGACGUUCGCCGUGGCUUUCUACCUGGGAGCUCUCGCAAGGCCCUACAUUGACAGACUGUGGCUCCAACGAUGCCGCCCCAAGGGCCCUCGUGCGCCAGGCAGUGCCUAUGCAAACGAGGGCUUCUACGACGACGCGGUGGCUGCCACGAACACGCAGCACCCCAGCACACACGUGCACCCAGGGGUUCACGGUCCAAACCUCUAUGAGAACCAGGACGCUCUCUCGACGGCAGAGCCUCACCUGUACCUCACUGUCCUUCCAGACGGAACUCAGCAAAGCAGCCGCUGGCGCAGCUCCGAGCAAGGCAGCGGCGACAGCCGGGCGGGAAGCAGGUACGACAAUGUGCUUCUGAACAGCAGCGCUGCCCGCGCCCGCAGCCAGCAGGCCGCACCUGCGCCGACCUACGGGAACGACGUCCUUGGAGACUUCCACUACGAAAGCGUGGCCGAGGAGGACGCUCCCAGGGAGCGCUCCGUGGACGUCCCUCCCGGAGCGGGCACGUCGUUACAGACUCUGUCUGGCUCAGCCCAGAGUGGGAAUCCAUUAGACCGGCCACGCUCGAAAGAAAUGCCAGCUUCGGUCUCUAGAACGCCACCAUCCACCAAUGCCCAGAGGCCUGGGGAGAAUCAGGAGAGAGCGGGCACUGCCCAGGCCCCUUCAGAAACCGCAGCCUUACCGAUGGAAUUCUCUGGGGGCAUGCAACCGGUCUGGCACCUGAAUUUGCAGAGUGCACCUCAGCCAAGGGUCAAGGGGGCCGGUGCUGAAGCGGAUCCCUCAGCCUAUUAUAACGGUGGGGUCCCACACGGUGACCCAGGAGGUGCAGACCCUCCCAUCUUUCCUCCAAGAUGGGGCAGUUGGCAGGAUGGCGGUCCCGCGAACGGGGAGCCAGUGCAGAAAUAUGCUCCUCCCGACCCUCAGAACAAGUUGGAGAGUGACUACGACUCCGAUGAAGGGUCUUUGUUUACCCUAAGUUCGACAAGCUCAGAAGGUGCAAGGGACGUGACUGAAGCAGAAUCUCGUUGGGAGGAAUGCGCUGGGGUCGGGGAGCCCCUACAGGACAUGAACUCGCGGCACCGCAGGGACAAUACGACGUCAGAAGAAAGUCUUGAGGACAACAGCACCUCCCAGAGGAUUCUGGGGAAAUAUGAGAAUCAGGAGCAUCGUUUUGAAAAACUUCUCAUUUCCGGGCCAGACUCUGGUCUGGGCGAUACUCAUCUGGACAGUGUGUCUGACACCCAUGAAUGUGACCAUCCAUUCAGCUUGCCCAGCUCGCUGGGCGGUAGCCGUGUGAGUGGUGAGGUGCCAGGCACAUUCCGUUACGAUUAUGACACAGCUCCUCAACCCGAGGCAGUGGAAUGGCACUGCUCGCUUAGAGACCUAGUGUUUUCCAGUGCUGGGGUUCCCACAGCCCCUGAUGAGAGGGAUUGCCAGGAAGGAGACUCAGACAGGAAGGCAACUAUGAAACUUUCGUUCAGGGAAUAAACACAGCUCAAAAAGACGCUCCUUUCAAGGUCACCUCUUAAGACCCUCACAGCAAAAUCCUCAAGGGGGCGACAUGAAUUCCAACCAGACAGAAACAGGCAAAUGUGGGGUUUGUAUGUCCAUUGAAGAUUAUGAUCCCGAACAGUUGUUAAAAUCCUACGGUGAUAAAGUAUUUCUCAGUGUGUACGGGGUAGAAGGUGGGGAAGAUGGUUCCAAAAACCAAGCGCCUCCACCUCAAACCAUUUCACUCAGAACACAGGAACAACUCAGUGCUGGAGACUGGGGUAAAUACUCAGAGGAUAUCUCCUGUUGCACUUAGAAGAUGAUUCUAACUUGUACACUCAAACGCAGACCCAGGGCGAUUGGCAGGGCGUUGGCUCUCUAUGUGAGGAUCAACUCUACUACCACGAAGACAGGGAGCUCACCUUGCCAUCAGAGGAACUCAAGUGACAUCUUUGAUACCUACAAAGCCCUUGUAUGGAAAUGCUGAACAGAUUUUAAUGAAUUCUGCACAAAGACUGGCAGAAUGUUUUUGGAGGUUGAUAGUGAAACUGCAAAAUUGGAAGGGUUCAGAAAAAUUGUAAAUAUUUUUAAUUAUUGUAAAUAUCUUUAAUAAGUUAUGUUAAA